UAUACAUCACAAAGAGGGAUCGGAACGUUCGUGGUGAACGAAACGAUAAUUGUAAGGCGGAAAAAAGUUGCGCACGUUGACGUUUCCUCGUCGCGACCCAUCGAAAUAGAGACGCUCCGAUAACGCAAACGCUGAAGCAUACGGAAAAUCGCCCACGGUAAAGUCCCAAGGGCGGUUACAGUCCCAUUCGCAGCCGCGAUUUCGCCCUUUUGCUCGCUAUUUAUAGAGGAAGGUUAUUAUGGCACAUAGAAUAAUACCAAGGAUGAUUGUGUGAUUCUAAAGAAGAGCACAAUGUACCUGUAUCGCACAAGAGUCUGACUCAGCAUUAUUCUGAGUCAUAUGUUGUUGCUUCACGCACAAAUGCCAGAAUGUUAGACAGUGCAGCUAAUAUGGAACUGAACAAUGUGGGAAGCAACAAAAUUUAUGUAUAUCUUGCACUAUCAUUUAGGAGACUGUGUUUGGCAACAGUUGGCUUACCACUUGCAUCAUUGUUAUUCUGUUUUGUCACAGCAUAUAUAUUCCAACAGGAUGAUAUUCAUGAAACUCAUUGUAAGGUCUACAAUAUCCUUCCAUCGAUCUCAGCCAUUACUGGUGUGUCUCCCCAAAGAUAUCUAUGGCGUGUUAGCAUAGCAUUACAUAUUGGUCCUAGACUGGUAAUAGCCAGUGUUUAUCACUCCUACUAUUACAACAUACUUAAAAGCAUUGAAGAUGUGCCUCUAAAAAUUAUGGGGAGUAGGCUCCUGAAUUUGUGCUACUGGCUAAACAUUGCCGAGGUAGCAGCUUUGAGUGGUGUAACAUAUGUUUCUAAUAGGGAGAAUUACUCGGUGCAUGAAAAAAUUUUCAUAGUGUUCAUGAUUAGUUCGCUCAUGUAUAUGCUGACCGCUGUAAGAUUGGGUCGCCUAAUAACUCCAAAAGCACAAAGUCUUCAGUACAAACAGGCACUCUUAGUAAUGAGUCUUGUCAGUACAAUCGGUCUUAUUAUCUUUUUCUUGAAACAUCGACUGCUGUGUCAUGAUUUGGCAUUUAGUUGGUUCUCGCUAUGCGAGUAUGUGAUAGCUUUCGCGAACAUGGGAUUUCACGUCACCGUGGUUCUGGACUUUCCGAUGGAACAACUGGUCGUAGGUCACGGUUUACCCGCCACAAAGACAGAUUAACCCUUUAUGAUAACUCAUCAUUCUCAUCGUCAUACUGAAGUGCCUAUUGCCUCUAUAUGGAAGUGCUAUAAAUCCCGAUUCUCGAGAGGUAAACAUUCGGCACAACAUGUGACAUUGCGCAAUUUCGCGAUUGCUUUCUUGUUGUGAUAUUUACAAAAUUGCAUCGCGCACUGUCGUCGAGAAUCAUCAUUUUGAUUUGCUUCUGACGAGACGAGCGAAUACUCAUUUUAAACAGCAUAUUUUUAAUCUUUACUUUUACCCUCAUUCUCGCGCUAUCGAUUGCAAUGGCCAGCAAGUACUCUCUCCUGAGUGUAUCAGGGAUUUGAUUUUGAAAACGAAAAUUAAGAAGGAAAAUCUCUAGCGCUUCCAAAAUGCGGCACUGGUUACUUUCCGAACGGUGAAAUACGUAACGGCCUUUUAAUAUCAAUUAGUAAUAGAGGAAUAUAUGAUUAUGAUGUAGUGAAUACACAGUGGUUAAGCAACUAUCCUAUGUACAAACGGCAAUCAACGUUGUCGUAAGUUGAAUAUUAUUACUUGCGCGAUACGCGAGAUUACUUGUAUAAAAGACUUUUAAAUCUUCUUUUUAUAGAAACUUUUGCAAGGUGAGAAUUCUAGUCGAACGUAUUUAAUUCUAGUCGCAAUAUCUUUUAUCCGCGCUUUGUGGUACUCUUUUACUUUAUUUAUAUUAUAGAUUGUCAUGAAUUGUAUUAUAGACUGUAGGCUGCAUUUACGUCAGAUGGACUUUGCAAAGUGUUUGAGACAAUCGCACGUACAUGAAAUGAACGUGCGUCAUAUGGCGUCGAAUGACAAAGACAUUGUACAGUUGCGUCUUGUUGGCAAAUCUUACGGUAGACACGUCAACAUAAGUUACUCACUCGUCUUGUAAGAGGUCGAUUCACACGCUGUAUAGAUGAUUUCGAGAUGUUAACGCUAAUGUUCACGAAGCAGCUCCGCUCGGCGUUAACGUGCUGCAAACGUAGGAUAAUAAUAAUCGCUCCUAUGUUUGCACAUAGCAUUACGAUAGUGUAAUAAUGCAACAACCACCGAGAAACACCGGCAAAAUUCAUUCAAAGUAGCCGCAUUACUCGAUACAAUAUCGUCACACGUGAACACACACUCGGACGUGCGUUCGAGAUAAGAUCGAUAUCUAAAUCUCUCAUGCAUAUUUGUAAGAAGAAUUGUCAUACGAUGAGAGUUUCUAUCAGAUCUUACGAUUGAAACCCCCGUUAAUUUCGUUGAGAAGAGUCGCCGAUAGUCGCAGUGUGAUUCUAGAUAGCACUCGCAGUUCAACGGUAUCAUUUUUGCACAUUUUUACACACGGACAUGAACUCUGUAGCGUAUUUUGAUAUGAGGAGUUUUUGUUAGGGUUCCUUGUAUAUCGUUAUCGUGAGAAGAAAAAAGAACAGCAAACCGUCGCAGCAAACAUUUAUAUCGCUAGUUUCUCAGCAGAUCUGUUGUUUGUCGCGAGUAGCCAAUAGCGCGAAGAUCACAGUUCUUAGCAGAGGGUCUUCGUGAUUAUUACAGAAGGGGUAACGGUCUGUAACGCGAGCAUAAUAUCUGUUGACGGUUCCUACUGUAUAUUAUAAAUACUUCGGGUCGUUUUUGUACCGCUACGUCACACAUCACGAUAAGAACGAAUGCACUCGGUAGUCACGUUUGAUUGACCGAGAAGAGACCGUUGUCGGACGCUAAUCAGUGCCAAGUUACGCACUACAGAUAUAUCGUGGACUCUACGGGUUUUCAUAUGGAGAUGCGCGCGUUAUGCAUGUUAAUACGUAACAGUCUCGAAAGGUCUUUACCGGAUCACUUGUAUCUCACGCUUUGUCAAGCAAUCACCUUGCGACCACUGCUCUCUAAAAACGUUCGUAGCAAUAAUUGACAAUUUUUUCUGCAUAAUGCAAAUUUCUCAUUCUCGUAAAGGGAUAUGAAUAUUAGAGAAUGCCAACACGGCUGGCAUUGAUCAGAAUGGAACGUUCUUUCCGGUGGAUCAUUAGUCUACGUUAGCAUUCUCGGAAUACAUGUACAACUGCACCAGAAAUUGCAUCUGCUAUUGGUGGCACUUGAUGGAUAUUUGGACGAGUCUCAAGUAAACUUCACUUGCAAAUUCACUUUGCAAAUAUUUUCACCAUUGUGGUUUAUCUUAAAUAAAUUAUCUUUCUCUGCGUUUUUCUCUUUUUAAUUCUUAAUUCAAAUAAAUAUUAUAAUGUGUGUAAUUAAAGGUUUCUUCGCGCAGGAAAAAUUAACUUUGCAUCCUUUUGAAAAACUGCAAUUAAAUUUAGCAGAUGCGCUUAAAUUUCUGAUGCAACUUGCAUGUGUUUUAGAUAAGGGGAUAUCGAAGGCACGAGUCAUUUGUCAAAAGAAGUUAUAUACUGAAUGUCUCUUAUAUAUAAGUAGAAAUUGAUAGUAUGUAAGAAAAUUUUCUAGAAGUGUAGCGGUAAAUCUUCAGAAAUAAGUUGCAAGAUAAAAAUAUAACGAAAUGAGAAACUUUGGUAACUGAGUUUUCCUCUCGCGUUGGGAUUUUUCGUUUGAGGAGAGGUUUCAAAGUUAUGUGUUCGAAACUAACGAAAAAAAAUAUAUAUAUUUAUAUGUAUAACCAAUGUUAAUUUUGCGAACGUUACUGGUGCAAAGUAAUGUUUCCGCGAAGAGUGCUGAUAAGCAUUAAUUUAGCAACAGUCUCUUUUACAAUCACGACUUCGAUCGAUAUUCUUGAAUUUAUUAUUAAGAUAUUAGCACAUUCUCGGAAUGAUUCGAGAAGAAAUAGCGAAAGACGAGAUUUAAGUGUUAAAAGCGCGAAAGAAAUUAUUCGAUGCAUUAUAUCCGCGUUCUCUGAAAAUAUUUUUUUAAUACCACGAAAUGUAAAAAUUUGCCUACACAUUGGUAGGCUUUUUUGAGGGUGAAUGUUCUAAGGGACAUAUUUAAAAACUCGUCACACAAAUUGGCGAUAAUAAUUAAACAUAUCUGUCGAGACAUUUUAUCACUCGAAACUCUUCCUUUGCUGUAAAUAACGCCAGCACGACACACACAGUCAUCUAGUACAAAUGACAAAGUGAAUAUCAAUGGCACGUUGAAAAGAAAAAAAAACAAAAAACAAAAAAGAUGGUAUGACGACUUUCCCACCCUUUAUUAGUAUGGCAAUUUAAAGCAAAAAAAAAGAAAAAAAAUUUGAAGCUAAAUCUUUACACAAAUACUCACUAUCGAGUGGCAGCUAUUUUUCUGCGACUCGUAUUUUUGAAAUGAUUUUGCUACUAAAACAUUUUUUUCCAAUUUGUCAUUUGUAUAUCGAAAUUAUCGAUAAAGCGCUACGAUCUGACGAAGGAACUACAUACGUUCGCGAUAUGUAUAAACCGUUUGGGCAAUUGACAAUUCUGUGAUAAUAAGCACAAACAGUUCUACGCAGUCUGGAUUUUGUUUUUUCUUAAAACCGGGUGAUUUCACCGGGUGAUGCCCACCUCUUCGUUGUUUCUUAAAUUUCCCAAAUUCCGUUACGUUUCACUUGUAUGCAAGUACGAGCUUUUUAAUAUACGAUUUAUAAGACAUCGCACGUGCAUCAAGACGUAAUCCAAUGUAUAUUAUCACAGAACUUGUUUUCCCGAAUCAUCUCUCUACUCUCGUAUUUAACGAUGAAUCGAGUAGCAAAUUUAUGUACUUAGGGAUUAUCAUUAAAGUAGAGAAUUGAUUAAUCAGACAAAUACUAGAGAGUGGUAAAUCUAGCUAAUUAAUAAUAUAAUCUAUCCUUAAUCUGAUUUGAAAAUUUUUUCAAAGAAGGAGUCAGGAUUAAUAACACUUUUCUCAAAGAUGAAAAGAAAAGAGGAAAAGGGAGAGAAGAAUCCGUUAUCGAAAGCAAGCGCGAUCGUCCCGAUAGAUAUCGUUACUUUAUGUAACAUGUAUACGUAUUUUUAUCUUUUGCGACGAAUUUCGAGACAACCGAAUGCAAAACUUUUAUGAUAUAGAAAACGAAAUUACACCCAACGUCUCUCUGGUACCGUAUUUUUAUCCGCCGCGGCUUGUGUAUCAUGUAAAUCAGAAUGAGCGUAAUCGAGCUUCAAAUCCAACUGAAACCUGCGGCAUUGGCGAAGGUAAUUGAACUCUGUUGACCUUAAUGUAGAGAAUAAAUGAGCGCGAUCAAAUGGCUACCGUGUGACACGAACGAGAGAACUUUCGAGCGUCCUCACGGGUGACCGAAUUUAAUAAGUUGCUUCCUUCGACCAUAUCGUAAAAUUGGAUGGAGGCUCGAGUAUCCUCGCACUCUCGUGGUUCAUUAACGAUUUUACGUCCUCAUUAUACAAAAUAGUUGUAUUUUCCUAUCCGCGAUCGGUCAAGCAUGGUUCGAUGUAACGUUCACACCGAUACUCCAUAUUUCCAAUUAACAUGACGCUGUAAUAUAGUGUAUAUUUCUUGUAAUCGGUUCAUAGGGCGAGUGAUGCCCUAUGCCGUGCGAUUUCAAGCGUUUCUGUAUGUGAUGACUUGUAACGAGUUGGUUUCGACGAGCAAGAAUGAUUUCUACUUGUAUCGCGUAACGAACGAUUGUCAAAUAAAAACUAUCAUACACAACAAUA